AUGUCUUUUACACAUAAUAGAGUUCUCGUGACCGGAGCCACUGGCUUCCUUGGCAAGGUGCUCCUUGAGGAACUUUUUCGUCUCAAAACCGAACUUUCAAUCCACGAAGUAGUUCUUCUCAUCCGACCGAGCAAAACUUUAAGUGCUUCUGAGCGUUUUGCGGAGAUCGCAAAGAGGCCAUGUUUUGCCAAUCUAUAUCCGGGAUGGACUGAGUCUGUCCGGGUCGUUGAAGGCGACCUCAGCCUUCCUCGCUGCGGCCUCGAAGACGCCGUCUAUGCCAACCUGUAUAAGACGAUCACCCACAUCAUACACACAGCCGCCUGCGUCAAGUUUGACAGCCCUGUUGAUGAGGCCUUGUCGGCCAACGUGGACACCUCGCUUCACAUCCUCCGGCUUGCCAAAGACUGUACAGACCUUCGCCAGCUUGUUAUCACCAGCACGGCAUUUGUUACACCGCCUCAAGCUGGGCCCAUUUACGAGAGCUUGGUACCACUGCCUCGGCCCGCAUGGAGCCUGCUCGAAGACCUUCGGAGUGGCGCCCUCGGCAAGGCCGAGGCGAUCGAGCUCACGGGUCACCCAAACAUCUAUAGCCUUUCCAAGUGUUUGGCAGAGCAUAUUGUAUGCGAGACGAAGGGCGUCCUUCCCCUAUCAAUCGUGCGACCCAGCAUCAUCUGUGCAGCACUCGAAUAUCCGAGGCCGGGCUGGAUCGAUAGCCACGACGCUUUCGCCGGAAUCGCCCUCGGGUUCGCCAAUGACGUCCUCAAGGUUAUAAAUGGACGCCCCGAAGCAAAGCUUGAUAUCGUCCCUGUCGACAAGGUUGCGGCCUGCCUUAUCGAUGAGGCGUUCCCGACUGAAGAGCGAGAACAUGAGACGCCGCAGCCUCGCAUCAUCUUUUCCGUUGCGACCACGACGCAGUCACUCACUCUCGGGGAGGCUUGCCAGAUGAUGGAAGCAUUCUUCAAAAAAGGGCGUUUUCGGUAUAUCGGCCCGAUGGGUAGCUAUGCCUUUGACAUACAGCAGUUUCUUCAUCAUUACCUCCGGCUGCAACUUGCCGCCGCCGCAGGGCGCCUCUCGGGCAACAGGGCCAAGGAGCUUGCUGCGGUGAAGGCAUUGAGGAUACUCAAGGGCAUGAAUAACGUCUUUGGGCCGUACGCCAGUAACACCCACGACUUCCGGCCUCACCAGCCGAAGGUUAGGUUUGAUGCCAAGAACUACCUGCAGCUGGUCUGCGAAGGAGUUUCACAGAAUCUUUUGCGAGCAAAGCUUUGA